UUUCCACUGGGAAAUGAACCUCCUCGCUCACCGUCGACAGUUUGACUAAACUUUAUUGGUAGCUUUCUGUCAACUUAUCAAACAUGGGGGCACGAGUCACGCGUAUGUUCAGAAAUUUCAACCUGGAAAACAGAGUACACCGAGAAAUCUCCAAGGAGAAGCCGGCGGUAGCACCCCGACACGCGGGCAGCGUCCCGCCCCCCGCCGGCAGCGCUGAAGCUGCGGAGAUUGCGGACUCAAUGAACCAGAAGAACGCGCCGCUGCUCGCCCUCCUCAGGUCUGUGUAUGUGGAGUCCAAGGAUCCAGCAGCAGCAGCAGCAGAGGCAUCAAAGGAAGCGACAGCGGGGACAGAAGCGGAGCGGCGGCCACUAAGGUUCAGUCUGCCAGGGGACCCAUACGGCUUAGUGGAGCUCACAGACGUUCCCAAAGGCAAACUGACCAUCGCUGAGGCCCUGAAGGCCCUGAGCAGCCACCAGCGUCAGCCUGAGACAUGGACACCGGAAAAGAUUUCUCAGGAUUAUUCUCUGGACUUGAAAGACACAAAAGCUCUGCUGCGGUUCUUCAUCCCCUUCCAGGUUCAAAUCAUACCACCCAAGUCUACAAAUGCCAAGCAGAUAAAGGCUUCUUAGGACUAGAUUGUUGAUGAAUGGUAUACAAAAUAUUAUUGGAUUUAUUUAUGUAUAUGUCAAUAAAUUGCAUUGUGAUAGUGA